UGGUAAUAGAAAUACCAGGCAUACUAAAUUAGUUAUGCUCAAGCUAACUAAAGUAUUUUUUAUUUACUAAUAUUUACUUUAAAAAAUAAGUUAUCAGUGAUGUCAAUACUGAUGAUGCAUGGGAUAUACUAAAUGUAUUUUCACAUAUCUCGUAAACAUUGUCAUCACCCCAAAAACCCCUGCUCCAACGCCAAUUAAAUCGGAAACUGAUCUACAAACAAGUCUCCUAACAAGUCCAUUAGAUGCUGAUUCACGCGCGAUCACCUGCCCGUCCAGUAUGAUAACAACCGUCAACAAGCCACGACCACCGUUCCCAACGAGAUCACACGAGCUAAAUAAAAUAACCGGAAUACAGCUGGUCGUGUCAAACAACGCGUUAUCUCAAAAUAUAACCUAAAAGUUAAUUAAACUCGUAAUUAACUAUAGACUUUAGUCACACGUUGUCGGCGGCGGAACGCGUUUCGCUACGCGAUAGUGUUUUGUUUUCGUCGAGAGAUGCGGACUAUUAAUUAGAGCGAGACGAAAACAAAAUGUCCCAGUGGUUGUUUGUGACGUCUGUGUUUUUGUUGCUCCUGAGGGUGGAAACCAGAUUCGUCGGCGACAAAUGCCAAGCUGAAGGCAGACCAGGCAUGUGCAGACUCCUCGAUGACUGCCGGCCCCUUCUCGCAGAGAUCAAGAGUUGCGGGACCCCCAUGCCGGCGCACAUUAGGAGGAAGCUGCAGACGCUUAUGUGCGGCUUUGACACGGAUAAGCCAAUCGUAUGUUGUCAAUCAGAAUCGCAGACGACGGAACUACCAACCCCCCUCUUCACAGUACCCCACGGGCUAGGCGUCCCCUUCGACAACAACUGGGACGACUCCUCACAAAACUGGGGUUCUGAAUUUACUACGUCUAGUACUAGAAGACCAUCCUGGAACACUGACACACCUACUAGAAGACCAUUCUGGAACACUAACACACCUACUAGAAGACCAUCCUGGAACACUGAUACACCUACUGGAAGACCAUCAUGGAACACUGAUACACCUACUGGAAGACCAUCAUGGAACACUGAUAAUGAUAGAACGAAUUACAAGAAUGGAAAAGAAGAAGCGGUUGAUGUGAGAAAUCACAGGAACUUUAGGCUGUUGCCGACGGAUUGCGGAGUUAUCGAAGAUGAUAAGAUUUGGGGAGGCAAUAGAACGAGACUGUUUGAAAUGCCGUGGAUGGUGCUCAUCUCUUACAAUUCAGCACGAGGCACCAAGCUAAGCUGCGGAGGUACCCUCAUCCACGAGCGCUAUGUAUUAACAGCAGCGCACUGCGUGUCCUUCCUAGGCGAGCGUUUGAAAUUGUCAGGAGUCGUGCUUGGAGAGUACGACACCAGAACUGACCCGGACUGCGAGUGGGACGAGGGGGAGAGGAUGUGCGCUCCUAGUACACGGAACGUGACUGUCGAUACCAUUAUCCCACACCCCGGCUACAGUCCGCAGAACUUGUUUGAUGACAUCGCGCUUCUCCGGCUCUCGGAGCCGGCGGAUUUUACUCAAGAUAACAUGAAACCAGUAUGUCUACCAUCCACGCCAGAGCUGCAAGCGGACAGCAUGGUGGGGCGGCACGUGGUGGUGACGGGUUGGGGCGCUACAGAGGACGGGCUGCAGUCACCCGUACUGCUCAGUGUGGCGCUGCCGGUCGUCUCCAAUGCGGAAUGCCAGGAUGCUUACAACGGUUCCCCUCGCAUCUACAACCGUCAGAUGUGCGCUGGCGGCGUCCCAGACAAGGACUCCUGUGGAGGCGAUUCCGGAGGCCCGCUCCUACAUCCAGGGGUCGUUGGUCGAGUAGGGCUUCGCUACGUGCAGCGAGGGAUAGUAUCUUACGGCUCUAAACGUUGUGGGGUCGGAGGCUUUCCUGGAGUUUACACCAGAGUGGGGCACUAUAUGGACUGGAUACUGGACAAUAUGCGACCUUGAUGUAGGGGUUAUUCCAAGGGGCCUCCUACACCGGGGGGUAGUAGGUCGAGUAAGGCUCUGUUAUGUGCAGAGAGGGAUAGAAUCAGACCAAGAUAAGUUGGCAGCGAUCUUGAUAGCCCAGACAAACUUCUCUGAAAUUAUGACUUUUACUUAACACUUGCACCAUCUUGGCUAUCCAAAUUGCUGCCAACUUAGCUUGGUCUGACUCUAGUGUCUUACGGGUAUAAACAAUGUGGAGUUAUGGUGGCCUUACACCAUCCUUCUUGUCGUCAUCGGCAUGACGCUACCGAUUAGAUCAGUUAGAACUGACAGUGUGUGGGAGUAGAUUGGAAUGACAGUUAUACUUGACGGCACAAUCGAAUUUCGAUAUUUUUGGCUUGAUCAUGCUGAUUGGACCAUGUAUGGCGGUCGGCAGUCAUCAGAUCAGCCAGGUCAUGAUUUUUGUGGGUGAUAGACAUCGUCGUGCGCGCGGACUCACAACAUGUCGCAUGUGAGGGUAUCAUGUACCUACUUGACCAUAUAUAAGACCAAAAUGUACAAAUGAUCAUUAACUAAUCAUCAAUGGAAUAAAUGAUAUGAUAUGAUAUGAAAUGAAAUACAGCCCGAUACCGCGAAGUGCUUUUUUUGGUUAAUUUAUACGAGUAAAUUGCCCAAAACGGCUAAAACAUCGUCGUCUGUCACCGCGGUGACGCCAUGGCUUCAACUAAACGUCGCUGCUGAUUGGAAAAUGAUCGUAUGUGGUGUAUAUAUAGACAAACUGCAGAUUGGAUCAAUUCUGCAGCGUCACGCCGAUUGGACGAUAGGAAGAAUGGUAUAUGGCCACCAUUAGGGCAGACACCAGAGUUUGGUAGCAUAUGGACUGGAUACUGGAUAAUAUAGUUCGUGUCAUUCACGAUGACGCGCAGAUUUGUCAAAUCUAACUUUUAAUAACAUGUCAUUACGAGUCAAGGCACUCGUCUUCAUUAAUGACAUGAUCUAAUAUACGGCGUUGAUUUUCAGCUGGAAGUCGCACGGAUCUCUGGUGUAUGUAGCGUGUACCUCGCCUCGUCUGAGUGCGGAUUGUUUAGGUAUAUUGUUGAUUAAGUGAAACAAUUUUAACAAUUUCAAUUGAUCGAUCAAAUGCCACAGUAUUUAUAAUCGAAAAUCAUGUGAUUUGUCAGAAAUCCCUUAUAGCUUCAUUUAAGCCAUGAAAACUUAAAUCUUAUUAAGUUAAAGGAACUGACUCUUUCAAGAGGACUGUCUUCAUUCAAACGAUGACAAUAUUAUAUUGGUCAAUAUACCUACACGCUUACCUUUUUAGAGUUAUUAGUGUGUUAAAAUUUAAUACUCAUAAAUCUCAUAAUUAUAUAUGUGCCGUUUGUAAAUAACGAAUUAGUUUAAGGUAUUUAAGCUUGGUAAAUACAUAGGUAUAAGGUUUCGGUUAUACCUACCCUAACGCGACAUAAAAACUUAAGUUGUCGUGUUGUUGCAUUUGAUCUAAUGCACAUUACCUUUAUGGGAAAUAAAUAAAUAAAUCGAGACAAAAUUUAGCCUAAAAACUGAAUGAAAGGAUCAAAUUUAAACUGUGGUGAGACAUACUAGCAUUAAGUUAAUUUUAAGGCUUAACUCACUUAUUUUUAGAAACUCGCGCGACAUGUUUCGAGAACCUAUGUCUCUAUUUUGAUUAAUACCCGAUUCGCCGGAUUCUUGUUUCAUCGGAUCAUUGUUUCACCGGAAUUUUUCAGUUACAGAAAAUGAAACAAAACUAUGGAAACAUCGUGGCUUUACCUGUAUCUGUUAAAUAAAAAUACUCUAUUUCCUUGAAAAUAUGAAUCGAACCGAAUUCUAGGUACUUCAUUGUAGUUAUUGUAUAAUUCAUACAAUAAUAAAAUAUAACAACAAGUUUACUUUACCUGACUGAUUUUAUUGCAUAUUAAUAUUUCAAACGAAACAAGAAUCCGACGAAACAAGAAUCCGGCGAAACAAGAAUCCGGCCUAACAAGAAUCCGGCGAAACAAGAAUCCGGCGGAACAAGAAUCCGGCUAAUCGGGAACUACCUAAUCUCCAUUUUCAAGCAAAUUCAUUUCAAGUUCACGAUAGCUCGAUAACUGCGCGCCGCGUACUGUCCUACCGCUAAAAAAGAUAAAAAGAUUUCAAUUUUGACCGUUACGAGGGUUUCGAGAUAAAAUGCUUACAAAUUUUUACCUCACCGCAAGGAAAAUACUGUGCCAGAGUAUAUAUUGCACAACGAAGUAUGCAAAAAUAUCUAAGAUAAUAUUAUAUUUAGAACCAAAGAGCGUGUCAUAUUAUUAAUGCUCACUUCGUUGUGCCAGAUAUAGGGUAGUGGCACCAAAAGAUGACCGGCCCCCAAAAGAUGAACAUUUGGCCUUAAAAUCGAUAUAAUUAAAUCGUGAAUUAUUUUGCGCACCUGAGGGUAUUUUUUCAUAACGCGGCAAUACUUUGCCGAAGCUAACAUUUCUCUCUUGCUCCCAGACAAUUGUGCUGUGCGUGUGGCUGAGAGCGGUCGUAAAAUGCACAUUUAUAUGGAGAUCUUAAUAAGAUUAGCGCUUCAAAGUACAUACUCGUAUAAGCUUAUAAUUGCGUAUAAAAUUGAAUAGGGUUGUUUCCAUCUACAAGUCUUAGGGCAGAAUUGUAUCCUAAUAAAUUCUUUUGGAUUAUAAGAACAUGUUAAACUACUUUUAGGGGACCUGUAAUAAUCAUAUUUUUGUAAAUAUUGAAUUUAAAAUAUCUUUUGGCACACGUCACGUGACCACACUCGAAACGUCUUUGAAGAUUCUGAUGACGUCACAACUCUCGGAUUGACACUGUUGACAGUUAGGCGAUAAACAACAAAUGACAAAUGUCAGUAGACAGUUCGUAUCUUCUACGUGUGUAUGUGGUUAUGUGUCAAACCGUAAACUGUGACGUCACACAAUUUUCAAAGAGCGUUUUGGGCGCGAAAGCAUCUGUCAAAAUAUAUUUUGUUAAUUUAACAUAUUUAAAGCCGUUUUUAGUAUAAAAGUUGAAUUUUAGGCAACUUUUAGUUAAUAUAGAACGUAAUACAAGCGUUUCAAAAAAUUGGAAUCAACCCUAUUAUGCAUUUACUUACAUGAUUUGACACAGAAAAGAUUCUAGUCUAAUUCCUCUGACGUUUUCGUCAUCAAGUAAGUAUUGCAUAUUUUAUCUUAUUUUAUUUAAAAUAUUUGCAGUUCAAGUUAUGGUUCCAAUAUUGUAUGCUUAAGCCUAUAGAUGACCGGCGGUCAACUUUUGGGCAAGGGCUUGUUUUUUCAAAUGCUUGUAUAAAAUCUAAUAGAAAAGGUAGACGCAUAAUUUAUGUUUUAAAUGGAUAGCUGGCUAGGCCUUGAUUUUUUGACUAAAAGAUGAACAAAGCUUUCUUUUAUUUAACCCAGUUAUUUCAAGGUUUAUUUUAGUAUGGGCUGUUCAACUAAAAAUCUUAUCCCGAAAAGAUGAACUAUGAUAAUUUACUAGUUAAUUUUGAUAAUUCAUUUCUUCGAUACCGCGUCCAAAACUUGAACCAAGUAAUUUGUUCUUUCAUGUUUUGGGUAGCUGUUUCAACACUGAACAAGUUUAAUAGCAAAAAUAGUUAAUUUUAUAUCUUUAAUCGGUAGCUCUCUCUCUCUGGCACAAAUAAUUUAAACUGCGAUUUUAUACACCAUUUUUUUCGCUACCGAUUAUAAUUACUCAGAAUUUAACAAAAGGGGAAAAGUUACACUCUAUCUAUACUUGUUCAUCUAUUGGCAUCUUGUCGUUCAAUAUUAGGGUACUUGGUUUUGAUUUUAUACUGGUUCAUCUUUUCAGGGGUCAAAACGUUCAGAGAUAGGGCACUGUGUUCAUCUUCUAGGCAUUUUGCCCUAUUUCAUCAUAGAAUAUUUUUUAUAAAAAUACUGAAUUACAAUAUGAGAAUUUGGAAUAAUUAAUUCUGAUCUAGAUUAUAUGCUGAAUCAUAUUAAAAAAUUAAAGUUGUUAAAAAUAAGUUACGACAUAUCAAAAAAAAAAACUAAUGUAGGGGUAGUCGCUUAACUGGUCAUCUUUUGGUGAUUUCACCCUAUUUUAAAUUAUUUUAUGAUAGAAGUGUUUGUGUGCCGAAUUAACUAGUCUGUAAUGAAUAUGUGUUAUCGUAUUUUAUUUAAGUGGGUAAGCACUAUUAUUAUAAUAUAUAUUUGAAUAAACAAUAAUGAUUAUCAUAUUAUUAAAUUA